AUGACACUGGAUUCACCGUUUUUACCACCCACAGGGAUGGCUUUUCACCCUCAUCUCUACCCCUGUGACCUACCCCCUAGUGCCUAUGCCCCUCAGGCGCCAAUGAUGGACUACAGAACCAAUUCUUUCUUGACUCCCCCUACCUCUUUGCCCUUUUUUACCCCUUUCCUUUACCCACAAUGUUUGCCUAAAGAGUUCCCCAUGGGAGGUUACUGCUACCCCCCUGAGCCUGAAGAAGAGGAUGGAGUGAAAGAUGACCCGGAAGUUACUUUGGAAUCAAAAGAUUUAUGGACAAGAUUCCAUGCUUUGGGAACAGAAAUGGUCAUCACCAAAUCUGGAAGGCGGAUGUUCCCCGCUUUUAAAGUCCGAGUGAGCGGCCUAGACAAGAAAGCUAAAUACAUUCUAUUGAUGGACAUUGUAGCAGCAGACGAUUGCCGAUAUAAAUUCCAUAAUAGCCGGUGGGUAGUGGCAGGGAAGGCCGACCCCGAGAUGCCCAAGAGGAUGUAUAUCCAUCCUGAUUCACCAUCCACUGGUGAACAAUGGAUGCAGAAAAUUGUUUCAUUCCACAAACUGAAAAUCACAAACAACAUAUCAAACAAGCACAGCCAUACUAUAUUGAAUUCGAUGCACAAAUAUCAGCCAAGGUUUCACGUUGUCAGAGCUGACGAUAUUUCUAGGCUACCUUUCAAGAAAUUCCGUACUUUCACUUUCGAAGAAACAGACUUCAUAGCUGUCACUGCUUACCAAAACCAAAAGAUUACCAAACUGAAGAUAGACAAUAAUCCCUUUGCUAAAGGAUUUAGAGAAUCAGGCGGCUCGAAGCGUUUAAAAAGGAAAGCAUCUGAUGAUUUCUUCUUCGAGAAAGAACCGGACGACAACGCUGACGAAAGCAAAUGGACAACCUCAGAGUCCGAUUCAUCGCCAAGCAAAAACCUCGCAGACAAAGAAGAAAAAGCUAAUACAUCAACACGUGACCAAGAUUCAUCCAAACCGGAUGUGGUUAAGCAGAAUGAUGCUGUUAAACUACCCGCAGCAGCAGAAAUAGACAGACUGGCAUCUUUAAAAUGCAAUAACUAUUUGGAACAAUGCUUGGCAGAACGAUCUCUACAGAGCCAAGAGAUCAGUCAGACAUUGCAGCAACCUUUUAAUGUCCCUACAAUGCCUUACAUUCGAACAUCGGGUGGUUAUAGAACACCCGAAACAUUAAGGACUUCUCCAGAUAUACCAUUUUCUGUUGCUUCGAUUCUGGGUACAGCAGAUCACCUACAUUCGAAUACAAUCUUGAAUCAUGAAUCCAGGUUACCAAUUAAGCCUAGUCCUGUUGUGGGCUUGCCACCCACAAGUUACCCUAUUAUGAAUACAGGCCCUGAUGCAUAUUCAAUCUACCAGACAGACGAAUAUAGACGGGCAUUUUUGUCUUCGUUAUUAGCACAGCAUAGAUACUUUCCUUACAUGUGUUAGCGAAAUAUAGAUUGCCUCUGCCAUCACCUCCAACACCAGAAGGCCUUUACACGGCUUUUUUAAUGGAAGUCUGCGCAGACUAUUUAAAAAGUAAACCAGUUUUGCGCAUGAGCCAAACAUCUAUUACAAAAACACUUGAAGAAAUGUUCUUUUAAUAUUCAUACAUUUGAUGAAUUAUUAUGUUUUAGUUAACAAAGAAGUAAAACCAAUCCUAUCCAUUCAUUAAACGUAUUUUAAUACAAAUAUUUGCAACCAUCUUUUUGGUUUCAACGUAGGCUUUAAUAAAUGGCUAGUGUAUAAACUGGUUUACUUGCAUAGUGGUCUGAACCAUCACCUCCUACAUCAGAAAGCCUCCUCACUGUUUCUUAUAAGUAGUCUGCGCAGAUUAUUUAAAAAGCGAACCACUUGUGCGCAUGAACCCAAGUUCUAUUUUAAAAGUACUUGAGAGAAAUUUAUCAU